AUGGCGGAAGCAAUAAAAGAGGCCGACAAAUCUCCAUUUACCUAUGAGAUAAUGUACGCAGACAUCCCAGAUAAAUGUAUGCUGCCGACGCUCCCGAGCAUAUUCAGCGGAUCUGAAAGUGCUAUGCAGCACUUGAACCAAUACACUCUUUCGUUGAUGCAAUGGGGACAAAAUGAUGUGGUACUUUGUCGAUAUUUCCUCGUGAGCUUGGCCGGGGAAGCAUUGGCUUGGUUUGACGGGUUACCAGAAAGAUCAAUUUCGUCGUUCAAAGACUUGAAGAGAAUAUUCUUGACCACUUACAUAACUAACAACAUGUUGAGGCCGGGGAUUGAGACUCUAUUCAAUUUAAUAAGGAGACCUACGGAAAGCCUGCGAGGAUUGGUGACGAGGUGGAGGACGGUAUGCAGCGAUCUUGCAUGGAGAGUUGACGAGAAAAAUUUCAUCUUAGCUUUCGUAAACGUGUUGAUCCCAACUGACCUGCUGUACACUCAAAUAUUCAUUAUUCGAAAUUCCUUGACGAUGAAUGAAUUAAGAGAGUACCAAGAGGAGUACAUAGCAUUGGAAGAAAAUCAGAGGCAAGUUAGCGAAGCAGCAUUGAUCCCAGCGAAGGAAGGGAAUUCAAGGUUAUUACCAAGGGAACUACAUGUCGUGGAGAAUGAUCCAAAAUAUGAAAAAGGAGAGCCGUCAACUCAAGUCCCAGCUAAGCUAGUAGUUGUAUCAAGUGAAGAUCAAGAAUGUAUCGAUCAACAAAUAUAUGAAGAGUCAAGAAGAAGGAAUUAUGAGCCACGAACCUACAACACGGGAUAUCAACAAAGGAACAAUCAAGGGACCAGGUUUGGAGAGCGGAGACCAAAUGCACCGGCUUUUGAAGACAUAAAGUUCCCUAGACUUAACAGAACUGUGGAAAAGGUAUGGGAGGCAAUAAUAUUAACAGAGGAGAUCCCACCACCACCCAAUUUGGGAAGAGAGCCACCUCCGAGGUCUAAGAGUCAUGAGUUUUGCGGAUAUCAUCGCUUUCAUGGGCAUCACACAGAUUAUUGUCGGAACAUUCGACGAAUUAUACUUCGCCUGAUACAGCAGGGAAAACUCGCAAAUUUCCUAGAAAAUUAUGUGCCACCACCACCACCUCGUGAUAAUCAACAGAUAUACCGAACUGAAAUAGAUCGGGGAGCGCAAAGGCCGAAUUGUAAUACGAUAAUACAUGCAGCGAAGAGCAUCCAAAAUUUCCAUGACAAUAUACUCAAGAUAGUACAUAAGAGGGACUUCGAAGGAAACGAGAUAUUCAGCGUCAAUACGAAGGAACCGUUGGAGGAAUGGCAGAAAAGAGAAAUAACGUUCUCAGCGAAGGAUGCACCCGAAGGAGGAAAUUCGCACGCAAACCCUUUGGUUAUAACCCUGAAUUUUGGGAAAUACUCAAGGUGGUAUGAAGAUCAAGCCGAGAAGGGGAAAAUCUGGGCAAUUGAUAGAAUCCUGGUGGACACGGGGAGCUCGGUCGACAUACUCUUUUAUCAUACAUUUAUAACCAUAGGAUACAAGGAAUCAGAUCUCGUGCCAUCGACGUACAACAUAUAUGGGUUUAACGGAGUUGCAUCUAAGACAAAGGGAGAAUUAAUUGUAAAGAUUUUUGCUGGCGAGCUGGAAACAAAAGUCACACUCUGCGUGAUAGACAUAGACUCACCUUACAGUGCUCUUAUAGGAAGACCAUGGAUACCCGGGAUAAAAGGGAUUGCAUCUACAUAUCAUCAGGCCAUACGGUUUCCUAUGCCAAGUGGAAUUGGAGAGAUAAGGGGAGAUCUUAAGGACGCGCAAUAUUGUAUUAAAAAGGAUGUCCAUAACUGUGAGGAGAAAAUAAGGAAGAAAAUAAAACAAAAAAAGAAGGCAUGCGAAGAAAGAAGAGCAGAACGGCUGAUGGUAUUUACGAUUGGGGUAAGUGAGGAACUGGUUGCAACACAGAGAGACGUAGAAGAGUGGAAAAAACAACGAUGGAUGGAGAGAAGAAACGCAAGAUGA